ACUCUGUUCAUAUCCAUGAACUGACAAUUAUUUUAGAAGCAGUGGCUUCUUACGAUCUAUGGAUUUGACAUGCUUUUUUUGACUUACUAGGAUCUCAUAAUGAUAUAAAUGUGCUUGAUAGAUCAUUUAUAUUUUUAGACUUUGCUCAAGGGCAUACUCCAACUAUUAAUGAUCAUAACUAUGUAAUGUGGUUACUAUCUUAUUGAUGACAUUUAUCCGGAAUGAGCAACAUUUGUUAAAACCAACUUAGCUCUCUAAGGAAAUAAGAAAAAAUACCGUGUUGUAGCCCAAGAGUUCGCAAGGAAGGAUGUGGAGCAUGCUUUUGGUGUGCUUCAAGUAUGAUUUGCUAUAAUUUGUGGACCUUCUUGGUUUUUUCACAUUGAAAUACUCAACGAUGUCACGAUAGCAUGCGUAAUUUUUCAUAAUAUGAUAAUUGAAAAUGAAUGGGUUGACAAGAGAUAAGAAGAAUUCGAAUAUGAACAAUUGGCAAAAAGCACCUAUGAUCUAGUAUCAACUGGCCCUACACCUAAAUUUAGCGAGUUCAUUCAACGCAAUCAUGCUCAUAGGGAUAGGAAAAUCCAUUGUCAGCUCCAAGUAGAUCUUGUUGAGCAUUUAUGGCAACAAUAUAAUGCUGCAAAAUGCUUUAUGGUUGUAUUAAAAUUUAUGGUUGUAUUAAUAUUUUUUGUUGUAUUACUGUUUUAUGGUUGUAUUGUGUAUUAAUGUUUUAUGGUGUAUUUUGUAUUAAUGUUUAAUGUUGUAUUCUUGUUUUAUGGUUAUAUUAAAAAAGCUAACAAACAUAAAUUUCUCCUCACACAUCAAGUAAACGUUACUUCUUAAAACAUAAAAAAUGUUGAGUUAAAGAAGCCAACAAACAUGGAAGACUCCUAAAAUGUCAAAUACAAUCUGAGGUUCAAAACAUCAAAUAAACGUUACUUCAUAAGAUCAAAAUAGCUAACAAACCACAAAUAAAACAUUACUCCAUAAAAUGCAUGAUAGCUAGUUUUUCCUAGCACGACUUGCAAGUGUUUCCAUUUGUCGUUGAAGAUAGUAUUUCCAUUUUAGGAGUCUUAUGUUUGCUGCUUCUUUAAUACAAUCAUAAAACAUGAAUACAACAAUAAGCAUUGAUACAACCUUAACCAUUAAUACAAAAUAUACCAUAAAACAUUAAUACACCAAUAUAAUCAUAAAACAGUAAUACAACCAUAAAUUUUAAUGCAACUUUAAUACAACUAUAAAUUUUAAUACAAUCAUAAAGGUUAUAAGACACUAUAUUGUUGCCAUAAUUGCUUGGAGUUGACAAUGGAUUUUCUUAUCCCUAAGAGCAUGAUGGCGUUGAAUGAACUCACUAAAUUUAGGUGUAGAGCCAGUUGACAUUGGAUCAUGUGUGCUUUCUACCAACUGUUUAUAUUCAAACUCUUCUUCUUUGUUGUCAACCCGUUUGUCUUCAAUGAUCAUAUUAUUUAAAAUUACGUACGUCAUCAUAAUAUCUUUUAAGUGUUUCAAUGUGAAAAAAACGUGAAGGUCCACGAAUUAUAGCAAAUCGUGCUUGAAACACACUAAAAGCACGCUCCACAUCCUUGCAGACCCUUGGGUUACAUCAAAGUAUUUUUUUCUUGUUUCAUUGGAGAGCUGAGAUGGUUUUAACAAAUGUUACUCAUUGUGGAUAAAUGCCUUCAACAAGAUAGUAACCUCAUUGCAUAGUUAUGAUCAUUAAUAGUAUAAUUAACAGUUGGAGUAUGCCAUUGAGCAAUGUCAUAAAAUAUAAAUGAUCUAUCAAGCGCAUUUAUAUCAUUAUGGGAUCUCAGUAAUCCAAAAAAAGCAUGCCAAAUCCAUAUAUCGUAAGAAGCUAUUGCUUUUAAAAUAAUUGUUAGUUCGUGGAUAUGACCAGAGUACAUAUUAUGUUAAGCAGUUGGACAGUUCUUCUACUUCCAGUGCAUACAAUCGAUGCUUCCUAAUGUACCUGGAAAUCCAUGUUUCUCACCAAUUGCGAGCAAUCUAACAAUGUUAUCGUUGUUGGAUUUCCCUAUGUACUCUUUAAAAAAAGUUGAAACAACUGUCUUGACGAACAUUUUUAAGCUUCUUAAUGUGGUAGUCUCUCCAAUCUUUAAAUAUUAUCUAUAAAAUCAGUCGUGACACCAUAUGCAAGCAUUUGCAAAGCAGUUAUUUUUUGAAGGGAAAAAAAACCAAGUCUUCAGAACUAUCUCGUUUUUGGAUAGAACAAGGUUGGUUCAUGGGCUUCUACCGUAGCUUGGAUACGAAGAAAUAUAGAAUGACUCAUUUGAAACCUCAUUUGAAAAUAUUUUGAAGGAUAGAUUGGAGGAUCAACAAAAUAGUAAAAGAUUUUCGUGGGCUUGCAAUCGAUUGUGCCUUAUGAAUCCAAGUGAUUUUUUUAGAAGAACCACGUGAGCUUGAUCAUUCUUCUUUCAAAACACGUUGUUCCGCUAUCUCAAAUUCUUUGUCAGAAUUUGGAUCGAUAAGUGUCAUUUUUUGAAAAAACGAAUAAUUCAUUGAAAGAAAAUGAAAAAAAAACAAAAAAAGGUUUCACAGAAACACUUGAGUUGAAGUGAAUGAAAGUGUUGAGGAAAUGUUAUGUUUUAUAGUGGAAGAAUAUAAUCGUUGAAGAAAUAUAGUCUUUAAAAAAAUAUAUCCGUUGGAGAAUUAUAGACGUUAAAAAAUAUAUCUAUUGGAAAAAGUAAGGCUGAAAAAAAUAUAUUCGUUUUAGAGAUAUGACCGUUGGAAAAAUAUGACUAUUGAAAAAAUAUAUUAGUUGAGAAAAUAUGAUUGUUGUAAAUAAAGACCGUUACAAAAUUUUAUCUGUUGGAAUAAUAUGAACGUUCGAAAAUUAAUGUGUAAUUUUUUAACAACGAAUAAAUAUUCAAAUUACAAUUAGAAUUAAAAUAAAUGAAAAGGUCAAAAUCAAUAUUUUAAUAGAAUAGUGAUAGAUUUGGAGAGGUUGUUAUUUGGUGUUGUUGAAAAAUGACUAGCUAAAUUUGUAAAUGUGAAUUUUCUAGUCAAAUUUUGGCCAAACUUUGUUGAGUCCACUAUUAAUGUUCUUAUGCCAUGAAUAUUGUACUCAAUGCAUGUCAUUUCCCUAUUCGUUAUCCUUUUUUUCCCCCCUUUAACCGUCUCCCUUCUUUUACUACCUAUGGCACACUGAAUUGAUGUAAAAUACUCCAAAUUCUGUUGCAAGAGUUUGAUAAAAUGCUUAUUUUACUGCUCUAAAAAAUCUGAUGCCAUCAAUUAAUUGUAGCCUUGAAAAGGGCUAUCAUUUAGUCACUUGAGUGUGUCAUUGGGUGGAUUGUGAAAAUGUUGUACAAACAUGCAUUAAGUUUCAUUCUUGUAUUUACUAGGUAUAACUGGAUUAUUCAAGAGAUUAUAGGGGAUCCUUAACAUUGAACAAGGAAGAGCCCAUAAAAGAACAACAUUUUUCCAGAAUGGUAGGCUCACACCAUUAUAAGUUAUAAUGCUUGAACACUUGGAUUGAAUACACAAACAUUCAGUUGCUUUUCUUUUAUCAACUGAGUCUAGAAUCUAAUAUAUUUUACAUUGUUGUUCUUCCUUAUACUUUUGUUGGUGAACUUGUCUUUUCUUCUUAAUAACCCUCGUAGUUUUCUAUUUUUUUGGUUUUGCACCCAAAAAUUUCAGCAAAACUGGGAUUAUCAAGGACACAAAGGAUUAGGAGAGAUUAUGCCAAUCUUUUAGGCUAUGAAGUGGUCAAUCAAGGAAAAUGUGCUGUGUAGUCAUCUGCGCGUGUUGUCUCUGACCUACUAUGAAGGAAAGAAAUGAUUGGAGUUACUACUGAUGAUGGAGGUCGACGGCAUCUACCAUUAUGGAUGCUGGGUGUCACUGCUGCCAAUGAAAACAACAACCACGCUCCUGAAGGACUUAUGCCCCAAGCUUACCAUUCUGAGUCAAAGACUGUGACUAAAGGACCUGAUAAAGGGAUUCUGUUUCAUGAGAAGGAUGCUUCGGGUGUAAAUUCACAUUCUUUUGUAAAGUGUGAAAGAAAGAGAAAAAGAAAAUCAAGUCAACAAGAAGCAAAGUGUGUUGAUAUUAUCGCUGAAACUGUUUCAGAGAAGAAAAAGUAUAAGAGUAGGAGGAAAGUUCAGGAAUCUAUUGCAUGUAAAAGGCAAAAAGAAAAGGGUUCUGACUUUCGAAGCGAUGAGGAAUUUGAGAAUCAGCCUCAAAAUGAUGAUGAUGUGGAGCUGAUAAUGGAUGAUCUGAUGACCAUUGCAGAAGAGUAUGUUGAAGCUGAGAAGAAUAAGGAUUGGCAAGCAUCAAAUAGUGAAUGUGGUUCCAGAAGGAAAGUUCCAACGAAACUCUCUUCCAGUAAUGACUCAGGGGGCUUGCUUGAUGUCCCAAAUACUAAUCGAGGUUCAAACCCUCAUGACUUGACUGCUUUUGAUAGUUCCAAUGUGACUGGGGCCAGGGAAGAAAUUGCCACCAUUGACACGAGAACCGGGGAUCCUGCUCAGGACAUGUUGGAUCUGUUUUUGGGUCCCUUGCUUAAGAAAUCCCUCAAGGAGGAGAAUAAACCUUUUGUGAAGGAUAUGCAAUUUGCCUAUGAGUUUGAAAGGUUAAAUCAGAAUAAUGUUUUUGGAGAAGAAGCAGAACCCCUUGUGAAAAAGAAGAGCAGUCUCAGCGAGAGGGUAGCAAAGUUUCUUGACUGAAUCAGAUAUUCAAAUUAGUUAAUUGUAUAGUACAUUAUCACAUGUUCCAUGUAAAUGGUGCUUCUGUCAAUCAAUUGGUCAAUUUCUGCUGACUUGUUAUUGUAGUCUCACCAUAGAAGAUACUCCAGUAGAUGUAUAUCUUUUUGGUCGAAGUCUUGUACUGGAAGGCAUUCUUUUAUGCAAAUAUUUUAGAGCUAAA